AUUUGCCACGCAGGAGGUGCUUAUUUGCUUCCAUCCGGGUGAGAUACUGGAGGAGCGUUUAACUUCCUCAGUUUUUUUUGCAUAUCCUGCCACCCAGUCAUUAUGAUGUGCGGCGCCCAUCACGGUCACGUCAGAGCAGUGGUUCAGGUGCUUUUGGCCCAGUUGCUUUUCGGAUGGGUGUUUGGCUCGGAACUUACCUUCGAACUUCCAGACAACGCCAAGCAGUGUUUCUAUCAAGACAUCACGGUCGGCACAAAGUGCACGCUUGAAUUCCAGGUGGUGACUGGAGGCCAUUAUGACGUUGACUGUCGCUUGGAAGAUGCGGACGGGGUUGUCCUGUACAAAGAGAUGAAGAAGCAGUACGACAGCUUUACGUUCACAGCAGCCAAGAACGGGACAUACAAGUUUUGCUUCAGCAACGAGUUCUCCACAUUCACACACAAGACUGUUUACUUUGAUUUUCAAGUCGGGGAAGAUCCUCCUCUCUUCCCCAACGAGAACAGAGUUACUGCUUUGACCCAGAUGGAAUCAGCCUGCGUCUCCAUCCACGAGGCCCUGAAGUCCGUCAUCGACUACCAGACCCACUUCCGUCUCCGGGAGGCCCAGGGGCGCAGCCGCGCCGAGGACCUCAACACCAGGGUGGCCUUCUGGUCUAUCGGAGAGGCCUUCAUCCUCCUGGUGGUCAGCAUCAGCCAGGUGGUCCUCCUGAGGAGCUUCUUCUCAGACAAGAAGACCACCACCACCCGCGUGGGGUCUUAACAUAGCCCUCUACCCCCCCCCCCCCCCAGCGCUGGCUCAUAGCCACAUUCAAAAUGGACUUCGACAGACUGACCACAGCCAGUGGAAGUUCACAUGGUUUCUUUUUUUUUUUUGGGUUUUUUUUUUUUUUUUUUUUUUUUAAUAAAGAUUCCAUUUGCUUCAUUUGUUAAUGUGUAAAGAGAAGAAGUCACAUUCUGUAUUUACUUUUAAAGACCCAAUGAAUUAUUCUAAAGGUUGUGAGUUCAGGAAAUGCUACCUGGAAAGGUAGCAACUUAAUUUAUUGAGCAUAUGGGUUUUCUUUUUUUCUUUUCUUUUUUUUUUUUUUUUACACCACUAUUGUUGACCUGAAUGUAUGAAAAUACUGAUAUACUGUCAUGCAGGUCUUGGAAGUUGAGAUGCUUUUUUUGAUUCUUUAUUAGGUGUUAAGCUGUAGUGUUAGAAGUUAACUCAUCUCGUCAGAAUGCACUACUCCUGCAGUCCAGACAAGCAGACUCCCCACAUUUAGUCAAUCUUUCAUCACAGUACCCAUCGUGACAAAACUCCUACCUUUGAAUCAGAACCGAAACGUAUAAACUAAGAUUACAGAAUUUUUAUUUUUAGUGUUCAACCAAUUUGGGAGAUUAGUAUCUCCUUUGUCACCAUUUUGGAUUGUUCUUUUGACAUUUUGGCUUACGUAAAGUACGUAAAAAAAAAAAGUGAAUUCUUUCUUUGAAAACAAUUGGUCCCUUCUCUGGUAUGUAUAGUAAAAUCGGAAAUAAAUCAAAAAAAGGUGUAAGCACAUAACUUUAUAGUAUUGUUUUUUAGCCCGUUCUUUUAAUUAUGCGGUCUCCAUUUUUGCUGCUCGGGUAUGUUCGUAUUGUUUCUGCUCACAGACCGCUUCGUCAGCACUCCCUAUUGGAAACAACAGCUGUCUGUUUCACAUUGGCGAAUAAACAUUUUGUGUGAAACCCCA